CUGCACGAGACUGCUCGGACAUUCAUCAUAGAGGUGUGACUGAGAGUGGUGUCUACAGGAUCUCCCCUCAGAGUUCUGCAGAAGGUGUGAGUGUACUGUGUACGAUAGAAGAGGAACACAUGUGGACGGUGUUCCUCGCCCGCCAGCGCCAGACUCCACAAGAGAACUUCAACAGGCCCUGGCAAGACUACAAGACUGGCUUCGGUGACCCAAGUGGAGAAUAUUGGCUGGGUAAUGACAACCUUCACGCCCUGACUAGCGGAGGUCGUCGUUACCGACUCAAGGUGAUCGCUACCAACCUGCAAGGAGAACAACAUUCUGCAGAGUGGGAGACGUUUAAGGUGGCCAAUGAAGCUAACAAGUAUAAACUCACAGUGGGAGCUACACCACACCAGCACCAAUACACCUUGUGA